AACUUAACCAAACUUACUAGAAAACCCCACAAUCAUAAUAAUACCCAGAAAAAAGGUUUGAUUAGUUUUUUAGUUUUAAUUAACAUCAUACAUCCGUCGUGAAUCUAACCCCGGAGUCCUCCAUCUCCGCCGUUUGGGCCUCUCUCUCCUCCGGAUCCAAGCCUAUGAUACUUGUGUUGAGUUAAACUAUGAAUAUCAACAGAGACGAGGCUCUUAGAGCCAAAGAUUUAGCGGAGGGACUGAUGAAAAAGACUGAUUUCACCGGGGCUCGUAAGCUUGCCUUGAAGGCUAGCAAAAUGGAUCCCAGCUUGGAGAACAUAACGCAUAUGACGAUGGUGUGUGAUGUCCACUGCGCUGCGACGGAGAAGGUUUUCGGGAACGAGCUGGAUUGGUACGGUAUACUUCAGGUUGAGAUGAGUGCUGAUGAUAUAUCCAUCAAGAAACAGUACAGGAGGCUGGCGCUUCUUCUCCACCCUGAUAAAAACAAGCUCCCCGGUGCCGAGUCUGCUUUCAAACUGAUCGGUGAGGCUCAGAGGAUACUUUUGGAUAAAGACAAGAGGACGGUUUAUGAUAUUAAACGAAGAGCUUGGAGAAAGCCUGCACCUGCACCUUCCUAUAGAACCCAGCAGGUGCCGAGGAACCGUGCGCAGCAGGCAAGCGUUAAUUUGAGGAAUGUCUACAACGAGUUGAGAGCCGAGAAUAGGCAUCCUCAGCAGAAAGCAGCUACUCAAGCCCGACCACCACCAGCAGCUUUCAGUCACCGUCCUACCUUUUGGACUUCUUGUCCCUUCUGCCGGAUGAGGUAUGAGUAUAAAAGGGAAUCUAUCAUGAAAGAGACUACUUGUCUGGCUUGCAAAAAACAGUUCACUGCGUUGGAAAUACCUUUCCAGAAUGUAGUACCACCGGCAGCAAACUCGUACCAGACUAGUUCUACUUUCACACAACAGAACAAGGUUCCAGCCCAAAAUGCUUUCAACGAACCGCACAAGCGUCAACCAGAUGGUCCUCCUCCCACUGGUCCCUCUGGAAAGGCAACGGCUACUGGAAAGAAGAAGAGGAAGAGAAAGAAUAUGGAUGAAUCUAGUGAAAGCUCUGACAGUGAAAGUGAUAGCGAAGCAGAAGAUAAUGCAUAUGGUAAUACUAUGGCGGCAGCACAAGGUUUGGGGUCCAACGGAGGACAGCAGCCUCGGAGGUCAGUUAGGAGCAAGCGGCAGGUUUCUUAUAAGGAGAAUGUGAAGGACGAUGAUGUAGACUUAGUCAAUGAAGAUGGAGAAGGGUCCGGUAAAAAUAUAGAUACUGAAAAGGAAGAAGAGCUAGAAGACAAAAAGCAGACACAUGAAACAUUGCCGAAUGGCAUAAACCCAAAUGAAAAGAUUAAAGAAGACCAGGUCAAGGUGGAAAGUGAAGAUAGUGUCAGUGAUCCAGAGGAUGAUUUAUGUUCAGGGAGUGAAGCAAAACCAAAUGUUAUCAACUGUGAUGAUCCUGAGUUCAGUGAUUUUGAUAAGCUGAGGGCAAAAGACUGCUUUAAAGCUGGCCAGAUUUGGGCUUUAUAUGAUGAUGGAGAGGGGAUGCCUAGAUUUUAUGGUCUCAUAACACAAGCUAAAACAACUCCAGUUUUCUUGGUAACGUACAAGUGGUUAGAAUCAGAAGAAGAUGAAGAAGCACGAAACUUGCCUGUCUCUGUUGGUGAGUACAGACUUGGGGGAGAGGAGAAGACAGAUAACACUGACGUGUUCUCUCAUUUUGUCCAGAUGAAAGUAGGAAGGGCCCGGCGCUUUAAGGUCUUCCCAAAGAAAGGAGAAACGUGGGCCCUAUUCAAGAACUGGAACAAGGACUUGCCCUCAGACUCAGAUUCUUCUCAUGAGUAUGAGUUUGUUGAGAUCCUGUCUGAUCAUGUAGAGGGAAGUGCAAUAUCAGUAGGGUUCCUGUCUAAAGUGGAAGGCUUUAAAUUUGUUUUCUGUCCAAUGCCAAAGGAUGGAUCAGACACUUGUGAGAUUCCACCUCAUGAGUUCUGUAGAUUCUCACAUGGGAUUCCGUCAAACAGAUUGAAUGGAACAGAAGGCAGAGGCGUGUUAGAAGGUUGGUAUGAGCUGGAUCCAGCUGCUUUACAAGUCCCUGGUUCACAAAACAUACCAGGAGAAGAAGCAGCUCCACCUUCAUGAUCUGCCUGUUGACUUGCUCAACAAAAUUGGAGCUCUUCAGAGGAAGGCCUUUUGUUAAGCUCUAUCUAUACCUCAGAGUUGUUCUGAAGACAUAGCCAAGUCAUGAUUAGGAGAUUGUUUUGUUGUUUGUCGCUAGCCCUUGCGUUUUCUAUUUCUUGGUUUACUCAGACUUGUAGCUUAAUCAGCAUGUGCUUCUUAAACUACAUUAUUGUUAACAGUAAGAAUAUGCGACUUGAAAAA